CUGAACUGUUGUGUGUUGCAGAGUGAAAUCGAGAGUUGGAAACUGAGAGUGGAGCAGCAGCGGAAACAGGGAAGUGAGGCCAGUCUGGCUCUCACUAAACUGGAGAGUGAGCUGGAGAGUCAGUGGCGUCUGAAGUGUGACAAGAUGGUCUCUGACACCAGACAGCAGCUGGAACAGCAACUCCGCACAGCUAAUCAGAGGGCAGAUCAACUGCAGCUAGAGGCGUCUAAAGCAAAGACGAGUGCGAGUGAGCUCCAUACAUCUCUUAACACAGCACAGAGGGAGAUGGAGAGUACGAAGAGCACAUUGGAGAACAAGGAGCUAGAAUUGUCGGAGCUUCGAAGGGACAUUAAUUUGCUUGUAGAAGAAUUGGCCAAUGCUAGCAAGACUGUUACACCAGAAGUGCUGCUACCCGAAGUGAAGAAGAUAAUGAAUACGAUAUUCCAAGUGCUGAUGAAACAUAUAGAGAGAGAUUCUCAAUACACCGGGACCAGUUUGCUCGCAUUCAUGAAACAAGUUAUUAAGGACGUGACUAUUAGCGUGUCAUCAGGGAAACAACCGAAUGCCCUCACUAGUUCAGAAGUGCUCAUAGAACCAGUGCCUGAAAAAGAAGAACCCGAGGAUGAUUCGGAUGGUUCGGAGGGCGACGAAAACGGAGCAAGCCACGAAGAUGAAGUCGAAGCGAAAACAGAUUCUGAACCAGAAGAACCUCAGUUUGAAGUGCAACCAAUACAUGUGCGCGCUGAAGCCAGAGUUCAUAUGGACAAUGUUAUGGAUGAGACACUUACGCCCCAACGACUGCUAGUUGUCGAGGAAGCAGAACACGAGAAAAAUGAGCAAGCUACCAGCUUUGAAGAAGCAACGAUGAGCGAUCCGUUGGCUGCUGUUUCUAAUGUUAGUGAAGAUCAUAAUUGCUUAAAUAACAGUAAUAAAGAUGAAAUGGUAGCAGAAGAUGUGAAAACUAACGACGCUUCCGGUGACUCACCUGAGAAGAGUGUUGCUGUCCAUCAUGAUAUUAAUCCAGUUCAAGAAGAGUCGCCCGCUGCUGAAAUUGGCACUGAAGAACAAGAACCAGGAGUUUCGAGAGAUCGGGAAGAUCAAUUAGACGCUGAACUGAAUGUGGAAAACUCAGAUCCAGAAGAAAACUCAGAUCCCGAAGAUGCGAUUGUUCUAGACCCCAGAAACAUCCCUAGUCCAGACUUAGACGAAACUUCAGAUCUGGAGAGCGAGCAGGGCAAUCGGAAUGUCGGCGAUGGCGAGCAGUCGGAACCCGAAGGCUCAGGGACUGUGGAGUCGACAGCCGAAGCAGACCAAGGCCUGAUUGAGCUAGGAAGUGAAUCUGUUGCCGCUAACCAAUCAAGUGAACCAAUCAGUGUUCCGGUCAUAGACGAUAAAUCAGCAUUGAACUCCGAAAGAGUCAUCGCAAAUGGUUCAUCUGAAUUUUCUGCUGACCGGCAAUUCGAAAAUGACGAAAAGGACAAUGACCACCAAUUGACAGAAAGUGAUUCCUCGUUUAUUCCUGUAACCGAAAAUCCUCCAGAUGAAAAUGCACAAAUUUCCGAAGAAUCGAACUCCGUCUCAGUUUUGGACCCUAGUACUGUCAAAAACACUCCGGCAGACCUACCGCAGUCGCCGCCCGAGGUUCCAGACGAGCCACCGGAAGACCCGCUUGAAGCUAGCAACGCCUUUGAACAGGAGCGCAUGGUAGGCGGGUCGUCUCUUCCUGCUUUGAGGUCGGCCUCGCCCCAGAGUUCUGGUGAGCCAGAUGUUCCGAUGCCUUCGCCUCGAACUAAUCAGACGUCGCCAGGAGAGAAUGAAGAUCCGAAGAAAGAAGCAGUGGAAAAAGACGAAGAUGACGUUGAGGCGGAGCUGAAUGAAGUAUUGCAGAAAGAUUCAGAUGCUAAGACAGAACGAAUAUUCGAAGAUUCAGAUUCAGAUGAUUCACUAUUUGGCAGUUCGCUUGCGACCUCGAAGGCUAAAAAAGAAAGUAGCCCAGCGAAAGAAAGCUCAGCCCAGCAACCACAGAACUCAGAAAGAGACACUUUACCACCGGCAGAUGACAAAAAGAGCCGAAAAAAUCACCUGCCCCAUUGUUUCCAAGUCCCGAAAAAAUCACCUGCCCCAUUGUUUCCAAGUGACGACGAAGAUGAUGAUCUUGAUUGGCUGAAGUAG